UUAAAUUUGAAUUUGACAUCAACACCUAGUGUUGCCAAAUGUCUACGUUGAUAUACUCCAAAUAGAGUAAAGAAAUUCCCAAAAUGUAGGGUUUAGACCAAAAUCCUCCUAAAGUAAUGGAAUGCGCAACCAAAACAAAGUCUUAGAUUUUUCAUCUAAUUUAUACAAGUAAAGCAGUAUCAUUCCGUUCAGGAACGUUUAAUUUCUUACGCCUAAAAGUCCCUAAAAUCUCUCCCCAUUACAUUAACUUAGGGAAAAAUCCUCAUCUGGCAACUAUGUAUGUAGGAAUGUCAAACUCAAGCUUUUUAAUGUAACCGUUUUGUUAUUGCUCAUUUUUGCUAGUUUGUUUUGUUAUUACUUGUCCAUCAAUCGCUGUACUUGCUAAAACUACUGUUAUUAUGUUGUCUUACGUUUACGCAAAUGUUAGACAUUAAAAUAAAACUGUUUUACAUUUUUUUCGUUUUACUUUUACUCCCGACGCUUCGAAGACUGCAGCCUAAUGGGCAACUUCUUAUGGAAAUGGCUAGGUAAUCAGGAUAGAAUAAAUAAAAAAUAUAAGUUAAUAAAUGUUUGAAACAUAAUGCUUCCAGGUCAAGGAUUAUUUAAAUGAAUCUGUCUUUGAAGGUCACUUCUUCGUUACUAAGCAGCGGUAAAAUCAAUUGAACUUCAUUCAGUAGCUUUAGCGUAUUGAGAAAAAUACACUGCAAAGCUUAGUAGUACUCUAUUCCAUUAUUUGGAACCAUGAACGACAGUGAAGUGGAAAAUUUAAAGUCAGAAUAUGAACAUGAGAAGACCUGCAGAGAUUCUGUGGCAUGGCAGAACGGAGAACUCGAAAAGAAAAUUAUGCAAAUGCAAGAAGAAUUGCGUAAAGGCGAUUAUCCUUGGGAUAAUGACGAAGAUUUGGUAAAAGAAAAUUCUCGACAUAAACUAUUAAUCGAAGCUAUUGAAACGUUGAGAGAACAGUUGCCAAUAUUGAAAGAUAAAAUUAAGAGUGCGAAAAUGUGUGGUCCAGAUUGCAAACUAAAACAUGAUGAUCUCAAUAUUAACUUGGAUAUACUUACUCCGGCUGAAUUGCUGCGUACGGUAAAGAGAUUUGAGAGGCUCAAAACUGAUUUGAUAAGCACCCUUCGCAGUAAAGAGUGGCGCUUGGACUCUGAAUCUAAGCUGUUCGUCAGAGUAAACGACCAGAGAACGUACUUGCAGAACGAGCUGAUGAUAUGCCACAACAAUAUAAUGAGGCUGCAGAAAAACGGCUCCUAUUGGCAAAACAUCCAACGUAAAAACGACGAGAGAGUGCUGGACCCAAAGCGAGGACCGAUAAAGAAAACAUUCGGCACGGAACGACUGCCGCCGAUUGUCACUUAAAUGUUAUUUAAUUCCAGAUACCUCACUCAGAUAUAUUUAUGGAAUAUACAUAGUGUCCAUCUUUCAAGUAGAUGUUUGAAUAAUACUAAUUAAUUAAGUAAUUGGUAUAUAAAAUAUGCACUAACUGUACAUUAAAACUUACUAGAAAAUAUAUUUUGUAAAUCAUAAUUGCAUGAAUUUUCUCAAAAAGCAAACCAAUUAAAUACUAAAGUAGUAGUAAUAAAAUAGUUCUUUUCGUAUUGUCAAAUUAUUAUAGGCACAAAAUGUGCACAAUAUAACGUAAUUAUAGUAAUUAAUAUAAAUAAGGUUAUAUCGCACUUUAUUUAUGGUCCUUCGAGCCGGACUUAUGAGCGUCGUUCCGUAGCCGUUGAAUGUACAAUAUUCGUGAUUUUAGUGCCAGAAAUAAAAAUGAAAAAAAUAG